CUCAAAACACUCUUCAUCAAAACCAUUUCUCUCUCUCUCUCUCUCUCCCAAGCAUAAAAUCUCUCCAAAUGGCUUCUAACUACAAUAAGCUUACCUCUUCGAGAGUAGCGAUCAUCGGUGCCGGUGUGAGCGGUUUAGCUGCUGCUAAGAACUUAGCUCAUCACAACCCGACCGUAUUCGAAGCCUCGGAUUCAGUCGGAGGUGUUUGGAGGAGCUGCACUUACGAGACGACCAAGUUACAAUCGGCACGAGUCGAUUACGAGUUCUCUGACUUUCCAUGGCCCAGUAGAGAUGACCCUACUUUCCCAUCUUACGUUGAGAUACUAGAUUACUUGGAAUCUUAUGCUAAGCAUUUUGAUCUUCUCAAGUUCAUGAAGUUUGGCUCUAAGGUCAUCGAAGUUAGGUUCACCGGUGACGGUGAAACUCCUCAGAUGGUUGACCUCGGUGCUUACGGCAACUUGUUGCCCGGAAAACCAGUGUGGGAAGUUGCCGUUCAAACCGGAGAUUCUGGAGAUAUUCAGUGGCAUGCAUUUGAGUUCGUGGUAGUGUGUACCGGAAAAUUCGGCGAUGUUCCAAGAAUACCGGCUUUUCCGGCAAUGAAAGGGCCGGAGAUAUUCAAAGGAAAAGUGAUGCAUUCGAUGGAUUACUGCAAGUUAGAGAAAGAAGAAGCUUCUAGUCUCCUCCAUGGCAAAAAAGUUGCUGUCAUCGGCUUCAAGAAAUCCGCCAUCGAUUUGGCUUUUGAGUCUGCUUUAGCUAAUCAAGGAGAAGGAGGAAAAGCAUGCACAAUGGUGGUGAGAACAACACAUUGGGUGUUUCCACAUUAUUGGGUGUGGGGACUACCAUUCUUCUUGUUCUACUCAACAAGAGCUUCUCAGUUCCUCCAUGAUAGGCCUAACCAAAGCUUCCUUAGAACUCUCUUUUGCCUCCUCUUCUCUCUUCUGCGUGCUGCGGUUUCCAAAUUCAUCGAAGCAUAUGUUAUGUGGAAGCUACCUCUAGCGAAAUAUGGUCUUAAACCGGACCAUUCUUUCGAGGAAGACUAUGCUUCUUGUCAAAUGGCGAUCGUACCGGAGAACUUCUUUGAGGAAGCGGAUAAAGGGAUGAUCCGGUUUAAGAAAGCAUCAAAGUGGUGCUUUUAUGAUGAGGGGAUUGAGUUUGAUGAUGGGACUACGUUAGAAGCUGAUGUCGUGAUACUUGCGACUGGUUAUGAUGGCAAGAAGAAGCUGAAAGCCAUCGUUCCUGAACCUUUUCGAACUUGGCUUGAGUUUCCAUGCGGUGUCAUGCCUUUAUACAGGGGAACAAUCCAUCCAUUGAUACCGAACAUGGGUUUCGUGGGAUACGUCCAGAGCAACUCGAACUUACACACAUCAGAGCUACGUUCAAUGUGGCUAAGCCGGCUCGUGGAUGAGAAAUUCAGAUUACCAAGCAAAGAGAAGAUGUUGGAUGAAUUCUUCAAGGAAACGGAAGUGACGAGAAGGUCAAGCAGAUUCUACAAACGUCAUUGCAUUUCCACUUUCAGCAUCCAACAUGCCGAUGAUUUGUGCAACGACAUGGGACUCAACCCUUGGCGUAAGUCCAAUUUGCUCCUUGAAGCUUUUAGUCCUUAUGGUUCUCAAGAUUACCAACUCGAUCAAGAAGAAGAAGAUGCCUCAAACUAAAUUGAUGAAUGUAUUAUGAAAUGAAAUUAUUUAUGAAUAAAUGUGUGUGGAUGUAUAAUAUAUAAUAUA